CAACUAGGCCCCCGGGACAACUCAGCCCCUGGCCAUUCAUAAUGCGGUAGGUGAACUAAUAGAUUUAUUUGGUAUAUUGAUAUAUUCAAAAAUAGUCCUUCGUUGCAAGCAUGGAGUGUGUCACCGUCCGAGUCGCCCUCACAAUAACGGUACUUGCGGCGGCUGCGAUCCACCUGCUGCUGAAAGGAUGGUUCCAAUGGAACGCGAACGCGGGACGGCCAUGCCAGCGUCCCCGGCCGGCCGGGCUGCACCGUACGGGAGGCCCGUACGCACACGGGGCGGUCGCCACUGACGCCCUAGAGUGUUCUACAAUCGGCAGUGACAUCCUUGAAAAAGGCGGUUCUGCCGUGGACGCCGCCAUCGCGAGUCUCCUGUGCAUCGGGCUGACCAACCCGGACAGUUCCGGGAUCGGGGGCGGUCUCUUCAUGACGAUCUACAACAAGGAGAGCGGCACGGCGGAAAUUAUCAACGCCAGAGCCAUGGCGCCUGCCGCGGCCACGGAGAACAUGUACCAAAAGAACCACAAGCUCUCCAGACUAGGCGGUCUCUCCGUCGCUGUACCCGGAGAAAUCCGGGCGUUCUGGACGGCCCACCAGAGACACGGGAAGCUGCCGUGGAGAGACCUGUUCCAGCCGGCCAUUCAGCUGGCAGAGGAGGGCGUCUGUGUUGGAAAAUAUUUAGCCAAAAUAAUGAAGAAGAAAACAGUCGAUAUCAAGAGAGGGAGCGGUUUGUGCGACGUAUUCUGUGACGGGAACAACAACGUUCUCGGGGAAAACCACAUCAUGAAGCGAGCAAAGCUUGCAGAGACGCUCCGUGCGGUUGCUGAUGGAGGUGCAGACGUCUUCUACCAGGGCGAGAUCGCCAGGAAUCUGACGAAGGACGUACGAGACGCAGGCGGUAUCAUCACAGAGCAGGACUUCCGGGACUACCAGGUGGAAGUGACGUCACCUCUCAACAUCUCCCUGGCGGGAGGUCUGACCGUCUUGUCGCCUCCUCCUCCAGCAAGCGGGGCCGUCUUAAGUCUCAUCCUAAACAUCUUGGACGUGGCAAUUGCUCACAAUAGCAUAUCAUGCUACGCUGUGUCCUGUCCCUGCAGGUAUUACGACCCGUCUUUUGUCCUGCCUGAAGCCGGCGGGACGUCACACGUGUCUGUUCUAGGGCCAAAUGGCGACGCCGUGUCGGUUACCAGCACCAUUAACACGAGUUUCGGCUCCAAGUUACGGUCCAAUUCGACAGGGGUGAUACUCAACAACCUGAUGGACGAUUUCUCCUCCCCGAACAUCAUCAACUUUUUCGGAGUUCCCCCUUCUCCCGCUAACUUCAUCAGACCCGGGAAACGGCCCCUGUCUUCCAUGACCCCGACCGUGGUGGUGGAUGGGAACGGUGACGUCAGACUGGUGACGGGUGCGUCCGGCGGCACGAAGAUCACCACGGCAACGGCUUACGUCCUGAUGCAGCACCUGUGGUUCGGGCUGGACAUCGGGCCUGCCGUGCAGACACCCCGGCUGCACCACCAGCUCCUACCAUAUCGCCUGCAAACGGAAAAAAGUAGGCCGUUCCAGCCAAAGGCCGUCCUGGAGGGUCUACGGCAGAAGAAACACGUGACUAACGUGACAUCCUCCGCCUGUGUCAAUAGCGUGGCCAGGAAAGGUGACGUCAUCAGCGCGGCCAGCGACUCGCGGAAGGGAGGAUUUCCUGUGGGUUUCUGAUAUACGAAAGACCAAAGGUACAAGAUGAAGAACGGUGAAAAAUGGGCUUUGAACGGUAAAAAAUGACCCAAUGAAGCCUUGUCGAACUUCUACCUUUGGUCUUUCGUACUGAUGAGGACUUUACAAGCGGAUUAACCUAUAGACAAACUAGAGUUCCACGAUUUCAUACCUUCGCCAAAUGAUGUUAAUCUUUAUGACUGACAAAGUAAAGAUUAUUCCUCCUG